AUGUCCUUCCAACACUUCAACGUCCCGCGUGUCGUCUUUGGCCGCGGCACUCUGGCCAAGCUGCCCGAAGAGGCCGCCCUGCUCGGCGGCAAGGGGGCCAGGGCCUUUUUGCUGUCGACGCCCCAGCAGGCCGACCAGCUCGACCGAAUCAAGGCGCUGCUGGCGGGGCGCGACGUGGGCGUGGCCGGUGUGUUUACGGAGGCGGCCAUGCACACGCCGGCGGGCAUCACCGAGAAAGCGCUGGCGGCGCUGGCGGCGGCCGUCGCGGGAGACGACAACAACAACAACAACAACAACAACGUCGUCCUCGUCUCCAUGGGCGGCGGCAGCACCAUUGGCCUCGGCAAGGCCAUGGCCAUCCGCACCGGCCGCGCCCACCUCUGCAUCCCCACCUCCUACGCCGGCAGCGAAAUGACCCCCAUCCUCGGCGAGACCGCCGACGGCCGCAAAUCCACCCGCAGCGACCCCCGCAUCCUGCCCCGCACCGUCCUCUACGACGUCGACCUCACCGGCACGCUGCCCCGCACCAUGCGCGCCACCAGCGGCAUCAACGCGCUGGCGCACGCCGUCGAGGCCCUGUACACGCAGAACGCGAGCCCCGUUGUCGCGGCCAUGGCCGCCGAGGCGAUCCGCUCGCUGGCCGUCGCCCUCCCGCAGCUGGCCGAGGACGGUGCCGAGGACGACGAUGCCACCCCCGGAGAAAAGACGGCCGCCCGCCAAAAGGCCGAAGAGGACGCCCUCUACGGCGCCUGGCUGUGCGGCAUGUGCCUCGGCAACGUCAGCAUGUCCAUCCACCACAAGCUGUGCCACGUCCUCGGCGGCUCCUUCAACCUGCCCCACGGCGAGACCCACACCGCCGUGCUGCCGCACAGCCUGUCGUAUGUGGCGCCCCGCAUCGGCGGCGUCAUGGCCACGCUGGCCGGCCUGCUGCCCGAGAGCCACGGCGACGCCGUGGCCGGCCUCAACGCGCUGCUGGCCAAGCUGCCCGUCAAGCUGGCCCUGCGCGACUACGGCUUCCGCGAGGAGGACAUUGACAAGGCCGCCGACAUUGCCCUGGCCCAGCCGUACUGGAGCCCACGGCCGCUGGAGCGGGAGGCCAUCCGGGAGGUCAUACGCCGCAUCUGGGCAGGCGAGCCGGCCCGGGCAGAUCUGUAG